CGUCGUCCCCCUCCAUCUCUCUCUGAUUCCACCCCCUCUGCCUCUCCCUCUAUCCAUCUCGGCUGCUCUCUCCCCCCAUGAUUUCACACCAUUCUGCUUGCCGCGUGUAGCUCCCACUCUCUGGCAUCAGAAACACUAGAUAUCUUCAGUUCUGAGCUGUGCAGAUUCAUACAAAUACACACUAGCAUUGGCUAGAAGGAGGCUGUGUUCUGCCAACACGCACGUUGGGGAUAGGCAGUGAUAAAAAAGAAGGGAAGAAAGAGUCCAGCAGCUCUCGCAUACACCGGACUCAAGCAGGAUCAACACCAUGAAGACCAGACUAGGCUGCCUGUCUAACAAAUCGGACUCUUACAGUGACUUCUCCGAGUUCCUGCCUCCUGCCCAUGAAACCACCGCCCGAUGUCUGAAACUGUCAACGGAUGAGGUUGUUCGAUGGUCAGAAUCCUUUGAUCAUCUCCUCUCUCACAAAUAUGGCCUGGCUGCCUUCCGGACAUUUCUCAAGACCGAGUUCAGUGACGAGAAUAUCGAGUUUUGGAUGGCCUGCGAGGACUACAAAAAAAUCAAGAGCUCAACCAAGCUUGUAUCAAAGGCAAACAAGAUCUUUAAGGAGUUCAUUGAUAUUCAGGCACCAAGAGAGGUAAACAUUGACUACCGCACCAGAGAAAAGACUAAGCAGAGCCUGGAGGAUCCGUCCCCAACCAGCCUCAACGAAGUCCAAGCUAAAGUCUACAGCCUCAUGGAGAAAGACUCCUACCCACGAUUCCUCAGGUCCAAGAUGUAUCAGGAUAUGGUCAACAGGGCGCAUGCACAAGGCCAGCGGAGGUCUGUUUGACAGAGUCUGAUGAAGACCACAGAGGACAUAAAACUGGACCUAUACUGUAUAUCCUUCAUUAACCCUUUGACAUCUCUGAAUACUGUGAAUCAGAAAGGAUGGGGUGACAUGCUUGACUGUUUCCUUUGUCUACACCAGCUCCAUGCAUGAAAUCCCUCUAGAAAAGACGUGUCUUGGUGGAUUGCACUGUACAGUACAUGGAGGGAGACUGGAUGAGGAUAAGUCAAUUGUUUUACCUCUACAUGGUUGCGGGCGAUAUAUUAUCACAAUAAAAAUGACCAUAUCAUGUGAUAACCAUAUUUAUCACAAUAUACAACAUUUCUGCUACUUUUUCUUUGAAAUGCAUCAAAUAAAAUCAGUCACUGUGUCCUUGAAAUGAACUGGUUGAACAAAAAAGACAUUUAAUUAAACUAACUAGAACGAUUAAAUAAGGCGAGAAACAACCGGUUCUUGAUCUAGUAAAAACAUUUUUUGUAAUUUAAAAACAUAUUUUACAUAUAAAUCUCACUGUCGGGAUGCUCACCUUUUUAAUCUCUAGCUCAAUUUUGGAAACUCAAUUGACAUUAUUUCUCUAUACUAUUUUUUAAUCGGCCAUCACUGUUCAUACUUUACCAAACCACACUUUCCAUACAAGUACAACUGGCUACCGAAAAGAGUAAUAAUGUAAACUGAUGAACAAGGGUACUGGACCAAAGGUACUGAAAUGAUUUUAUUCCAUCAUCAAGAAAGAAAUAUAUUGAGAUAAAUAUUAUUAUCCUUCUAUUGCCCAGCACUAGCUCUACUUAUCUUCUGUACUUUGUGAAAUAGACACUGUCGUAUGCAGGUGACUAUACCUGUUGUCGUAGAUUGUGUUUACAACAAAGAAAGUGAGUGAACACUUUAUAUCUGAAACUGUGCCAAACUAGAUUGCACUUACAGUAUUUAGCUACAUAACCCUGUGUGUUGUAAACUCUUGCAGGUAUAUGUGACAUUAGAUGUGGAGUAUAAUGAAGGGUUGGGUUUAUUUUUGCUUUGAAUGCACGCUUUUCAGGAAGCGGAAGUAGGACUGUGCUGUAAUCCCUGUUGAGCUUGUUCUGUAUCCCACAUAAAGCACAUCCUAUUGGACCAAUCAUGUGUGGCUGACCAGGAUUCUGUAGUGAAUUAUAAUUAUUCAUAUAGUCAAGGUCUGAUUUCAGCAUGAAUGCAACACUCAAAAUACCGACUUAAAUAUUCUUGUACAGUAUGUUAUGAACAUGACUGCAAAAUAAAGUACUUAAAUCUAGAAUAUGUCAGUAACAUGGCAAAUGUGUUUGAAAUGUGCUCCCUCGGCAUAUGCACUCCCUUUUUAAAUAACGUGAUUGAGAAGAUUUACUGAGUAUUUUGGGAGGGACAAAGAUUUUCUUUACUGCAUGUGUACUGUAUAGGCCAGCCUGUUGGAAAUACAACAAAGCUGGCUGAACAACAUAUCACCCUAUACUGUAUGUUACUGUGUUCCACAUGAAUGUAACCUCUCCCCCUAUAUUUUACGAUUAAAAAUGAAUCUGGAUAUACAUA